AUGCUCUCACUCGACCAGAUCCCAGAGGAAAUCCUUCACCAAAUACUGCAUUACAUCUCACCGGAAGAUAAUCUGCUCCUAGUGCACUUGCUCUCCAGACGCCUGAACCAGCUUGCUCAAGAGCCGUUAUUAUGGCGGUACUACUGCAUGCACGCCUUCAAGUUCUGGCACCCUAGCCACAAUUUUGAUGAAAAGUUGAAGGAGCCUGCGUCAAGGGUUGCUUGGAAAGACCUGUUUCUCUUCCGCAAGAGGAGGGAUGCCAAAGUUGCCAGCCUCUUCAAUGAAGUUUUGGCUACCAAAUACGGACGAGCCAAGAAGUUUGGGGAAAUAUGCUCCCUCGGCUAUGACGCAAAGGACUUCAUUCUGAGCCAGGUUCAGACUCCAGACGCUGCCGAUGAUGUCUUGGCCAGGAGAUAUUUCGGCAACGCCAUUCUCUCUAGCGUCCGUCGUGGUGUCGCCAUUCAGAUAUGGGAUGACCUCCGCAGCGAGGAGGCAUUUGAGUCACGGAGACCCAAUCAAGUUCCGGAAGUCGUGCCGGGAAGAUUAGAGCGCGCGCUCGCAGCUUUUGAUAUGUUCGUCAUUCAAGAUGACAUUGGUGAUGUAGAUGAUGUUUCACAAGCUCUGGACAAUCUGGCCGCUGAGUUCCGGGACAACCACCCCCACUUCGACAGUCUGUGUAUUAGGGAACAGUCCUUGACUUUGAACCGUUGGCUUAGAUCCAACAACCUGACCGGUAUGGUUGAUCCGGAGACUAACUAUCGUAACCUUCGGAACUGCCUCAUCGGUCAUGCACUCCGCGACGAGGCUCACCAGUCGCUCCCCAUGGUCUCGGCCGCCAUAUUCUGCUGCAUCGGUGAGAGGCUGGGCUUGAACGCACACUGUUGCGCGCUUCCAGGACACGUCCUUGCAAUGGUUUUUGCGGCGCAGGACACAACACUGGACGGUUCCAGAGUCACAGAUCCCUUGCGGCCCAUUGAAAGGAUGUACCUAGACCCAUACGGAGGCGAUGACGAGUUCGACAAAGAAACGCUUAGGGAUUUCAUCGCCCAGGUCGGAUGGCAUAGCCUGGAUGUCGACACAAUGGCGCCGGCGGCCGUCUCGACUAUGAUUGGGCGGCUUGCGCACAACAUCAGACAUACGAACCUCUUCUUGACGUCCCAAGAUGUUUCUGUCGAGAGACUGGCCGGUCUUGGAACCGGAACCGCUCUGCAGAAUCUGGAGUUGUCUGUUUAUGCCGCUGCUUGGGCUACCACGCUCCUCGAUCCAGGCGCAUUUGUGGACAUCACGUCACAUUUCGCACUCCGAUUUAACUCGCUUCGCUUCGACGACGCUUGGCUGGUGGAGAAAAUCUACGUCAAUCGGCCACAGCCGCACGGCGACGUGUUUCUUGCCGCCCCAAACCCGGAGUACAUACUGCGUCUCAUUCGGCGAGCGGAUGAGCUGAAACCAGUGCUUCGUGAGCCGCAGACGACGACGGAGUUCAAGGUUGGAAACGUCGUGCGGCAUGGAAGAUACGGCUUUGUCGGGGUCGUGAUCAACGGGGAGAUACCUCCUCAAGGGUCAGAUUUAUACUACAGGCUACUGACACCUCCAAGCAUGCAGGGAACAUUCUCGCUUGUCAAAGCUUCAAGCCUGGAGCUUGUACAGGAUACCGAGGAGGCCAAAGCAGCGAUAUUUCCUGACACGGGGCUCUUUUUCAAGCGAUUUGAUAAGGAGAGGUGCAUUUUCAUUCCAUCGAAUAAUGAGCUGGUAUACACACCGUUGUGA